UCCUAUACAGGCACAGAGAAUGGAUACCACGACUGAACCGGAAAAGGACAGGGAUCCCCUGGUUCCAUUCUACUGCUGCUACUUACUGGCGUCAACGGUCCCUCGGUACAGGACACACGGAUACGUAGGAAGCACACCCAAUCCGAUCAAACGCCUGCGUCAACAUAACGGUGACUUAACCCAAGGAGCUAAGAAGACCAACAAAAAAAGACCGUGGAAAAUGGCGAUGCUUGUACACGGCUUUCCUACCAAACUUGCGGCUCUUCAGUUCGAGUGGGCCUGGCAGAACCCAGAGCGAUCCCGUCAAUUCAAUAAGCAGCCAACUUUAGCCUCUUCAACACAGUCCAAUACCCCUACGACCCCAGAACCUGUUGCGUCCUCAACCUCCAGCAAACCCCAGAGGGGGCGUCCGCCAGUCCUCGUUAAGGACAAAGUAUGUGUCGUCCACACCAUGGUGAGACGACCUUCGUGGGCACGGUGGCCCCUGUCUGUGUACAUCAUGGAUUCCGAGGUGCUGAAGCUGUGGUUAGAAAUGGAGUGCAAUCACAGGAACACCCAAAAGAGUUUGGUCCGACGGGAUAUUGUCAUGGACAACGGAGCUCUGCAGGAUUUGGCGCACCUUUUCUCUGACCACGGACUCCAAUACAAACAAGUGAAAGCGCGAGAACUAGAUACGUAUGAGCAUUUCCGUAAGGCCCGGUCCAAAUGUUUGAUCUGCAACAAGGCCAUCGACUAUAAUGAUCCAUCAAGCUUCCUGUCCUGCAGCAAUACUCAAAUCGACUGCGUCAUGAUCGGACAUCUGGGAUGCAUGGCAACAUCCAUGAUAUCUCAAGAGAAAUCUACGCCACCAAACUCGGGUACAGCCAAACGCCAGACAAUCCAGUUUUCCAAGGACGGGUACGCUUCUAAAGAUAAGGACCCUGCUCCCGAGCACCUGCUACUCCCCACCAAAGGCAGGUGCCGAAUAUGCAGCGGCGAACUGGACUGGGCGCGCAUGAUACGAUCUAUGAAUACCCGACGAGAGGCCCUUGCCUCCACAGCAGAAUCGAAGCGGGAUAUUGAUACCGGCAAUGCAUCAUCAUCUUUAUCAUUUCACUUUGAUCUCUCGAAUCCAUUUUCUUCACCAUGAAAGAAGAGG